AUGAGAAGAAGACCAACUAAAGCAGAUGAAUAUCAGAUAAAAAAGAAAAUCAUACUUUAUGGAGUGAGGACUACAAACAAGAUUUUUGACAAUAUUCAAAACAAUAACAGAUAAUCAUUGAUAAUGAAAUCCGGCGCUGAUGAUUUUGCUAAUUAAAAAAAACCGUUUUUAGAUAGGUUCAUUAUAAGUUAAAGCAAUAAAUGGAAGGCGACAUUUGAUAUUUGGAUGCUGCUAUUAGUUGGUUACUCCUGCUUUACCUCAAUAUUCUAGUAAUUCAAUAAGAUUAUUAUCCAAUUUAGUGUUUCAUUUGAUCAGCCGACUAAUAUGUUUCAAGUAAACUUCGAUAUUGUAGUUGAAGCAUUCUUUUGGCUAGAUCUAGCAUUAAAUUUUUUAUAAGAGUUCAAGGAUCCAGAGACCUACUAAAAUGUCCGAGAUAUAAAAUCUAUUUCAAAGAAAUACAUUCUAAAACUUCCCAGACUUAUCAGACUAAUUGAUAUAUCAAGAUUCAAUUAAAUGCUGAAAUCAUUCUUUGAAAAUUCAUCAAGAGAUGAAAGAAUUGUUGCUCAGUACAUGAUGAUGUAUGCCUAUAAAAUAUUCAGACUAGUCAUAAUUGCUAUCAUUAUCACUUACUUUAUUGGCUGUUUUUGGUUUCUAGUUUCGAAUGAUUUAAAUUAAGAUGAAGACAUUUAGAAUGGAAAUACAUUUGUAAAGUACUUCGAACUUGAUUAGACAGACAACUGGAGGCAAUUAAUCGUAAGCUGCUAUUUCGCACUUACUACUCUUGCCACUGUUGGAUAUGGAGAUUACUACCCUAUAAGCAACUUAGAAAGAAUAAUCGCUGUAUUCAUUAUGCUUUGUGGAGUUGCCUUCUUCUCUUAUAUUAUGGGAAGUUUUAUCGAAAUUAUUUCAAACUAUGAGAAAAAAAUGGGAGUGAUUGACAAAGGAACAGAUUUGCACAACUGGAUGACUCUAUUAACAAGAUUUACUAAUAAUAAGCCAUUACCUAAAUCAUUAAGUGCUUAGAUAGAAAAUCAUUUUGGCUAUUUCUGGGCUAAUGACAGACUUGCAAGUCUUUCAUAGAUGUUCUUCAAUACCUAGGAAAACAGAGAAUCUAGAUUCCUUUAUGAUGUCUCAUUUGGAUUUAUGCCUAGGAAGUUUGAGCCUACUGAAGAGGAUAAAAUAAUAUACGAUGAGGAAGAAGAAGUCCCAGAGAUGUAUUUUAUUGUUGAAGGCUAGAUUGGAAUCGGCUACAGCUUAAUUGCAAAUGGAAUAUCAAGAAAAUAAUAUAAGAUUGCCAAAAAAAUUAAAUCUGAUUGCAUUAUUUGCGAUCACUAUGUAGCAAAUUGUUAAAAGAGUCAAUUUAUUUACAUCGUUAUCAAGGAGGUCAAAUCAUUUGCUUUGACGAAAAAAUUCUUGUAAAAAGAAAUUUUUCCCAAAUAUCCCGAGAUCGCCUUUUAGAUUAAAGCUGAUUCUUUGUUAAGGUACAAGAGAAACAUUCACAAGCAAGUGGAGAUAAACAAGAAAAGUGCUUACAAGAGAAUAAUGAUUGAUGAGAAAAACAAGAAUGGCAUUGAACUUGAAAAGAAGAAACUCAACUAAGAUCAAGAACUGAACAUGUACAUGAAGGAGAAAAUUGAUGGAAUCUAAAAAGAAAUAUCCAAAUUUACAGAAGGAAUUAGUUGUUUUGCCUAGACGUGUGAUGAGGAACUCAAUAAGAUCAUACAAAAUCUUGACUAAAGUUAAAACUUUAAAUAAUGA